AUGGAUGUUGCUGCGGAUGAUCAGCGGGAGAAGACGCAACUGACUUCCAGUGACAAAUAUUUCAUCGAACAGCGAGAUCUCAUCGUGCAGGACAUCAACAAUACGAUGGACUCAAUUUUGAAUAACCUAAACACGCUCAAUAUCUCGUUAGAAAAUUCAAUCGCAGUUGGAAAGGAGUUUGAAAGCGUUUCUGAUCUGUGGAAGACUUUUUACAAUGGCUUAGAGAGCAGUAACGAUGCAUUAAUGAGUUCACAGGAUAACGACCCCGAAGGAUCUCAAAAAUGA